AUGUCAACGGUGUCUUCUGGUCUAUCUUCAGUUGUAACGGGUAAAGGCAAUUUUGGGCAUUUUCGUAUUCAUCAAUUUGUUGAUACCAAUAUCGUUAAUGCGACCGAGCUCCAUCCUAAAAUACAGACACCGAACGCGAAUCAACUAAUUAAUUCUACUCUCGACACUACAAUCAUCACAAAGAACUCGAUGGCACAAUCAUUGCGCCUUCCCUCAGCUCAAAACGCUACGGAUCUUACGCCAACAGCUGUACCUGCGAAAACAUCACAAAAAGAUCAAUCAUCUUCAUCACCAAGAGGUGUCUUUGGCGCGUUAGAGCUGGUGGAAUUGAAUUCGAAUCCGAUACUCGAAGGCGUUUUGGGUCCCAACAAGGACGGCAGAGUUCGGAACCCUGUGCCAUCUAAGCUGAAAGGCAAAACCGAUAAUAAAAAAGGCAAUUUUGGUGUCAUGCACAUGGCGGCCAGUACGCCUGGAAAGAAAGAUAUACCAGGGAAGGACGCCGCAGCUGAGCGUGAUGCUGCAGCGAGAAGAACAAGUGAGAAUACGGCCUCGCGUGCGAAAGCUGCUGCGAAUGAAAAAUAUGCUCCUCCAAAGAAGAGAGGACUCGACGCGGCGAAAAGUGAAGGUGGGAAUCGCGCGUCGCCGUUUGGUUCACGAGAUGAUCACAAACAACGUGCGAGGCCGCUAACUCCGGACGAGACGAAAUAUGAACAAGCGCGACUGUUGACACUAUUGAGAAGCAUCAACCCAGUUACGGUUGUCGAUCAAGUUUGUAAGGCAGUGGCAUAUUUUGGAGGUAUACCUGGUGCACCGCCACCAGAAGAUGGUAUAUUUCCUGAGAGUGCCAACACGAGAGAGACCGGGGCGUUGUUUAUAGGAUGGCUGGGAGAGAUAUUUCCCGACCUAUCAUCAGCACCAGAGCCUACAAUAUCAAAGAUGGCAGAACCACUCUCUGGCAAGGGAAAGAGGGGUCGUGGAAGACCACCGAGAGACUCGAAAGGUCUAGAGAAUGGCAUGGCUGAACCUCCAGGUCCUGCGAACGGUUUUGGAUUCGGUCCUGCUGUUCAAGCUCCGACUUGGGGAUUACCUCAAUCUGUAACUUUAGUCAAUACUGCGCCCCCGAUGGCAGCCCCACCAACACCUGUCGCAGCGGUAGCAAUCCCAUCAGCAUUAGCGGCGGCCCCCACCUUCAAUCAAGCAGUCCAGGCCGAGCCAGAACGACCGGCGACCCCCCACAAACAACAAAUGGAGAAUCAUGCUCCCGAUACCGAAUCUACAAGCAAGCGAAGGAGGGGUAGACCGAAAGGAUCAAGAAAUAAGGGAAAGGAAGUACAAACGGGAAGUGAGGGCACUGCGGCCAUAAGUGGUGCUGAUGCUACUACAUCAGAUCCCGGUUCUUUGGAACAACAUCUUAAACAACAGCAACAGCAGCAGCAACAGCAACAGCAGCAGCAGCAGCAGCAGCAGCAACAACAACAGCAACAGCAACAGCAACAGCAACAACAACAACAACCCGCAGCCGUUGCUAAAAUGACAGCGGAUAAGCCAAUCUCUGCGAAGGAAUCCCCAAUUGUGCCAUUGACAGAUCUAAUCAAUAAGAGUGGCCAGCCACGGCUUACUUACUCGGCAGAGCAUUGGAACGCAGAUACAAAUACAGGACAUGCUUCAAAUACGGGUCAUGCCUCUUCUAUCCUCCCGACAGAGGAAUAUAGCCCCGAGGAACGUGCUGUUCUCGAAGCUUUUCAGAACAAUGAACACCCACCGGGAGGAGGCCCUGCUGAUUUCAACGCGACUCAAGGGACACCAGUAAACAAUGGCACUCCUACAGCUGGUGGUCAGAAACGAAAACGAGGUCCCAAUAAACCUAAGAAUGCUCCGACAACCACAUCUCAAAAUAUAUCUGGCUCACAAUCACAAACUAGUCAUACAUCCAAGAACAUCAGCCCUCUGCCUGCACCUACUGAAAUUCCCGUUGUGCAAAAAGAUACUUCCAAUGUACAGUGGGAAUCUGUGACUCCUAUGGUUGAAACUCUUGUUCCACCACCUCCGAAACGCCAAAGAAAGCCAAAGCUUCCUGGACCUAAUGGGCCUUCCAAUGGUAAAAAGCCCGUUUCAUCGGUUGUCAGUAACGCUACACCUCCCAUACCACCAAGUCCUAUACCAGAUUCCCCAGCUACUUCAGUACAAAGCAUACAACAAAAUCUCCAGCAAACACAACAGAUUACACCUGUAAGUCGACCUGCCGACGGACUUGAAGCUCAUUAUGCUCGAUUUCAAGACCUUGGACAACAGAAUGGACGCAGUAUCACCCCAACCAUUCCACCCCAGGGACGUCAACAUCAGAAAUCAUCAUCCAUCCCCCAAUCAACACCACAACAAAUACCACAGCAAAUGACCCAGCAGGCUCCAUCUCAACAGACUCAGCAAAUUCAAAUGCAACAUCAAACUUCACAACAAAGCCAUUCAAGGGAUGACCAGAGCCAAAAAAUGACACAAAAUGUUUCGAGAAAUGCAUCAAAUAGCUACUUCCCGAAUCAUGGUGCCGCUAGUUAUGUCUCACAGUAUCCUUCCAAUCAAACAAGUCAACGAUAUGGCACUCAUCAACCAUCACCUCAAAUGGCCAACAGCUAUCGAGCAGGCACUAUGAGCCAAGCCUCGCCACAAUUUUCUCAAGCAGAAAAUGCCUAUCGCACAGCUAGUCCUCAUAACCUAGCUCAACCAUCACCAUCUUUCUCUCAACCCGACACCUCAUACCGAACUCAUUCGUCUCUAGCUAAUCCCUCACCAACAUAUUCACAACCCGAAACAUCGUACAACCCCCGCACAACUUCUCUCUCUACUGCAACUCCUCCCUAUUCUCAACCUGACUACAAAUCAUCAGCACUUAACCAAACCUCCUCAUAUACUCGCUCAACACCAACCACCCACCAACAGCAAUCGUACAAUCAAUUCGCGGACCCCUCAUACAUCGAUCUUCCUACCCUUGAUCUUCCUACCCUAGGUCAUACCUCCACAUCUUCCUAUGGUCAAACAAACAUGAAUAAUCUAGGAGGUGGUAAUUCGAGAAGUAACGCAAAUACAAAUAGUAUCUACGGCACUAGUUCUGGAUUAGGAAAUGCAUUUGAUGGUGGUGCAAAUGAUUUAUUGAGGGUGAAUAGAACAGGAAGUGGAAGUGGAAGUGGGAAUUACGGGGCGGGUGGUAGUGCUGGAGGUUUUGAGGGGAGUGAGGAAAUCAGACAAAGGUUAAUGAAGGGAAUGUUGGGGAGAGACAGGUGA